AUGGGGAUGGGUGGUCAGGAAAAUAAGGAAUUGGAGCAAAGUCGGGUUGCUCAUACUGAGAAGAUUAAUAAAGGGAUAACUAUAGUAGAUCAGGGUAGUUUGGAGGAGAGGGACAGAGAUCAGUCUCACGAGGAGAGGGGGAAUAUUGUGGUAGACAAGGAAAAUGUAAUAGGGGAUAAGGGAAAAGGAAAGAUAGAGGAAGGAGGUGAAUCUUCGGCUCAAGAGGUCAUGAAGGGUGAAAGUAAUGCUCGGACUGGGAAUGGGGAACAAAGUGGUGUAAAAUCCUGGACUGAUAUGGUAAGAAAAGAGAUUCAUGAAAGACAACUUAGGACUGGGGAAGGAGGGAGUGACCACAUUGAAAGCUUAUUUGGGCAGGGGAUGAAACUAGAUGGAAGUGAUUGGAAAGGGGAUGAUACAUAUAUGGAGUAG